AUCCCCCAAAAAGUGAACUGUUUAUUUGCCUUUUUUUGGGGAGCAAUAUAAAAAGACUAUCAUGUUUUAUCGGGCAUCAGUAAGCAUUUGGAAUUAUCUAAAUAAACAAAGAUAUUGGAUUUUGAGGAACAUCGCAAAGAAGAUGGCUUUCAAACUUUUCUUGGUUGUGUGCAUGCUAGCCGUAGUAACAUUGGCUCUACCGAUAAAUUACCUCCAAGGAUUACAACACGAUAUUUCAUCUAUCAAUGCGGAGUCUACUAGUCAACUAGACGAAGGAACAAAUGUCCACUACCACGAAGACAACUACGGUCCAGCCGAAUACGAAUUCCAUUAUGGUGUGCAAGACGAACAUACAGGAGAUAUCAAAUCCCAAAGUGAAGAACGCAAAGGGGAUGUCGUUCAUGGUCGUUACGAACUGAUUGACUCUGAUGGAUACCAUCGAAUUGUAGAAUAUACCGCAGAUGACCAUAAUGGAUUCCAAGCCAUUGUCCGUCGUGAGCCUACAGAUAUUAAAAUUCCAGCGCCUGAACGCCACCUUCAAGAAGUCAGUAGCCACAUCGUUCCGGAAGUUCCAUACGGCCCUUUGCGAACCAAUACGGCGGCAUUGACUCAAAAAUUGUACUACGUAUCCAGCACAGCUUCACCACUCAGACAUCUUGCGGACUCGAAUGAAGCAACUGCAUACUUGGGUGAAACUGAAGAUGCUCUCAAAGGACUAUCAGGGAACUAUGAGCACUGAGACCCAAAGUGUAGAUCGCUAAAACCAAAGUCUGAAGUCAUUGUGUAUAUAGUUGUUUUUAGUAAUUUUUGUUAUCGUUAUUUUAAAGUGUGAAGUUAUGUGCCUUUGUGUAAAGUUAAUAAAAGUGUAUACAAUCUUUAA